AUGCAUUCACCUGUUUCUGUUAAAACACACUGUGGAAGCAUCUAUGAAGGCACACUACUAGCAAUUGACCAGUACCUGAAUGUAGUCUUACAGAAUGCCACAGUUAAUGCAGAUAUUAAAAAGGGAUUUCUUUUUGUAAAGGGCUCUAAUAUUCUUCUGCUUACUCUAAUUGAGUGA